AUGGCAGGUAACAAACGUGUCAGAGACGCUGAGUCUGAACAAGACCAUGCGGAAACCGAAACUGUAGUCAAGGACACUGCUACUACUGGUGAAGUAGAGGGUUCUUUUAGUGAUUUGAAGCUUAGUGAUGGUACCAUGAAGGCUAUCGGUAAGAUGGGCUUCACGCAGAUGACUGCUGUUCAGACUCGUACCAUUCCUCCUCUUUUGGCAGGGAAGGAUGUGUUGGGUGCUGCCAAGACCGGUUCAGGUAAGACUUUGGCAUUUUUGAUUCCAGCUAUCGAGAUGUUACAUUCUUUGAAAUUCAAGCCAAGAAAUGGUACCGGUGUCAUUGUGAUUACUCCUACGAGAGAAUUAGCGUUGCAAAUCUUUGGUGUUGCUCGUGAAUUGAUGGAAUUCCACAGUCAAACUUUUGGUAUUGUCAUUGGAGGUGCAAACCGUAGACAAGAAGCGGAUAAGUUAAUGAAAGGUGUUAACAUCUUGAUUGCUACUCCAGGUCGUUUGUUGGAUCAUUUACAAAACACUAAGGGCUUCAUCUUUAAGAACUUGAAGGCUCUUGUCAUCGAUGAAGCGGAUCGUAUCUUGGAAAUUGGGUUCGAAGAUGAAAUGAGACAGAUUAUCAAGAUCUUACCAAACGAGGAUAGACAAUCGAUGCUUUUCUCUGCUACACAGACCACUAAGGUUGAGGAUUUGGCGCGUAUCUCUUUGAGACCAGGUCCCUUGUUCAUUAACGUGGAUUCUGAGAAGGAUACUUCAACGGCAGAUGGGUUAGAACAAGGUUACGUUGUUUGCGAGAGCGAUAAGAGAUUCCUACUAUUGUUCUCGUUCUUGAAGAGAAACCAAAAGAAGAAAGUCAUUGUUUUCUUAUCGUCAUGUAAUUCUGUGAAGUACUACGCCGAACUUUUGAACUAUAUCGAUUUACCAGUGUUGGAAUUGCACGGUAAGCAAAAGCAACAGAAGAGAACAAACACUUUCUUCGAAUUCUGUAACGCUGAACGUGGUAUUCUAGUGUGUACCGAUGUGGCAGCAAGAGGUUUGGAUAUCCCAGCGGUAGAUUGGAUCAUCCAAUUUGAUCCUCCAGAUGAUCCAAGAGACUAUAUUCAUAGAGUAGGAAGAACUGCAAGAGGUACCAAGGGUAAAGGUAAAUCUUUGAUGUUCUUGACCCCAACCGAAUUAGGAUUCCUAAGGUAUUUGAAGGCUGCUAAGGUCCCAUUGAACGAAUACGAAUUCCCCACUAAUAAGAUCGCUAACGUACAAGCACAAUUGGAAAAACUGAUCAAAUCGAACUAUUACUUACAUCAAAUUGCUAAGGAUGGUUACAGAUCUUAUCUACAAGCAUAUGCAUCCCAUUCCUUAAAAACGGUAUAUCAGAUAGAUAAACUUGAUCUAGCCAAGGUCGCUAAAUCGUACGGAUUCCCUGUGCCUCCAAAGGUCAACAUUACAAUCGGUGCUAGUGGGAAGACCCCAGCCACCAAGAAAAGAAGAACCAAGGAUUGA